CUUUUUUUUGGUGAAUGCCUCCGCUUGAUUGGCAGGCGUCAGUGCUAUGAAUUGUUACAAAGCUCGCAGGAAUGUCUCUGGGCCUGUAUUUAUCACACGCUCAUCACUUUUGCCCACCGUGUAAAUAGCACACCAUCAUACCGCAGCAGAUGAUGCCCUUGUAUGGGGAAACUUCGAGCAGUACCUCAAUGCUUCCCGCUCGGAGGCCAGUUAUACAAGUGUAGGACCCGCAAGUUCUCUGCAUGACCUGUCAGGGCCUGUGAGCUUUACUAUCAGCUGAUGGGUGGAACGGCGGACUACGGCGAACAGCAUAUCAAAACCCAUAGACAUGGUCGAUACGGCCAUAAGCAUAACGAAGGUCUUUAUCCACAAUGGUCAAGAGAUAAUCCGCUUCAUUUCUUCGGCCACUCUAUAGGAGGCCCCAUGAUAAUCAAACUACAAUAUCUUUUGAAACAAGGCUAUUUUGGAGGACACGAUCACCCAGAUAUGGUCUUGUCAAUCACAACCGUUUCCUCUCCUUUUAGAAGCACACCUAUCGUCUACACUCUUGGCGAACAUAUAAACGCCACGCCCGCCGUGCGCCCAGGGUCCGUCGGGGAUCUCAUAGCGAAGGCUGUUCAUCUAAUCAUCUACCUCAAUCCGUUUUUGCCUGAAUCCCUCGAUAUUUGGCAUUCAGAAUCAUGUUCACUUUCAUUUCAUGAAAUACCCUUCUCUGGAUUUCUCCGAGAAUUCUGGAAGACCUCUUGGGCAACAAGCCGAGACGCAGCUCCAUUUGAUGUUACCUUCAUGGCCGCGGACGAGAGGGAGGCUAAAAUGGAAGGCGAACCUAAUCCAGGGACAUUCUACGAGAGCUUUGCGACAUUCAUGACGCACAAAGACGUCCGCCACAAUACACAUAAGCCAGCCUUCAAAUACUUGAUUUCGGUCCUCCCAAUGUACCUGAUGUCUCAACACAUUGCAAAGUUUGAUUUAAGCAGCGUUUUGCCGGUACCGUCAUUCCUGCAAGUGGAAGGGAGAGAUCUGAGCGGGGAAACCCGUAUGGACCGUGCAUGUGCGGACGCCAAACCUAGUCGAAACGGGCACGGAUCUGACGUUGAGGAGGGGUUAUACGGGAGAAAACUUUUGCUGGUAGAAAUAGGCGAUGAAUAUCGGGUAAAUGACGGUGUGGUACCGGUCUUUUCUCAAUGGCAUCCUCUACCAUGCAGAAUGACGAAGUGUCGGCAUUACCCUGCGGACCGACUUUCGAAACCUUUGGUUCCGGAACUUGGCGUGCGGCAAAUAUAGGAAGUUGCUGACGCCACCCACGCUUCUGGAUAGAGGUCGGUAACUGGUUACGAAAGACCGAUGGGGUUCAAGACCUGAGGAAUUAACUCUAGGAACAAACCAUUCCAACUUGUAGUACUGCUGACAACGAGACAGAACAUGAUACAAC